UGUUUACGUUGCCAUGCCAAUCUCAUAGCAACCAAAGUUGAUACUUUGCUCAUAUGGUUAGCUGACAGGGAACAAAAUAGAUAACGUAGUAUCUAGUUAAGCAGUCUUUAAGGCACACGUUCAACUAUAAAAGUGACACAUAACAGAAAGUUAAAUCACACUGAGAAAGCGAACGUCAGAGGAAGUGGCAGCCUUUAAUGUAAGCCAAUAUAAGCAAAACUCGACAACAUUCUAGGUCCAUUUCCUUCUACAGAAUCAUCAAGUAUGCUUCCCUGUGAUCGACAACAACAGAAAACAGUCUCCAGUUCGCCAUCCAAAAUCAAAAUCACCCGUGAUGACUCCCUUAAGAUUGUCGACCCAUCCAGAAAGAAACUUGUGUCCUUGGAAACCCAACGCAUAGCUGGUAUCCUAGACGAAUGCAUCAGAAAAGUAGAGAUGAUUGCCCUGCUUCCUAUAGUCAUAGCUUCUCCAGGCCUGCUAACUGUUGGCAUGGAGACAGGGCUAAGUGAAACCAUAGGUGACCACUGGAAGGUUGGCAAGAGAUACGAGUCUCAGAGACACAUUUGGGAGAGCCAAGAGGAGCAGACGCCAGAGGCCAAGGAAAUGUCGGAUGCAGAACAUGUUGUCCACUGCUCCCUCAAGGACAUGUUCCGGAAGAUCCAAGCUUGUUCCACAGCGAGCAGCACUUUUGCGAACGUGGGGAGCCUGACGUUGCAAAGGGAUGAGUGCCCUCAGAGGCUGGUCGAGGGGCUGCGUGAGCUGAGGUUGGUCCUGCUGGAGCGUCUCCUGACCACUCCGGCUGAGGAGAGGGAGCGCAUUUGCCGCAUGCAGGAGAUGUCCCAGCGUUACCACAGCAACCUGGACCUGGUGGCCACCUUGGAGGCAGAGGUGGCUGCUGCCAUCAAAGACAGGGAUGAGGAGAUCUCCAAGAAGAACCAGACCAUCCGCCACCUGAAGAGUUCGCUGCACCAGAUGGAGAAGAUCUCGGAGGACUUUGUGGCACGGACCCGCCAGGAGGCAGAGAAGCAGAACCAUUCGGACCAGAAGACAUCAGACGGGCGUCAGCAGCGCAUGCAGCAGGAGGUGAGCCUGCUGGGGCUGCAGCUCAACAACCUCAUCGCAGACAACCGCGAGGUCGAGUUGGGCCUACGCAAGAGGAAAUACAAAGUGGAGACAGAAAUUGAGAACUGGAUUCAGAAGUACGACUUUGAUAUGGGUGAAAAACAGACGGAAUUGGAGGACAUGACACAGCUGUUUGAGGAGGAGAAGGAGGAGCUGCGUGAGCUGGAGGAGCUCCACGGCGUGCUGGAGGUGGAGUACACACAGGUCAUGGAGGAGCGGCGGCUGGCACAGGAGCGUCAGGAGGAGGAGGAGAGGGUCAGGGAGGUGAUGGGGCGUGCCGCCACCGUGAUCCAGGCCUACUGGAGGGGCUGCCAUGUGCGCAAGGUCAUGCGCGCCAAGGCCAAAGGCAAGAAAGGGAAGAAGGGGAAAGGCAAGAAGGGGAAAUGA